UCCCUAUUUCUAGACCAAAACCGCAUUUUGGCCAAGCGGUUUUAGGUCUGACCUACAGAAACCGUUUGGCCGAGGUGCGGUUUUGGCCUGACCUAUUAAAACCACAUCAUGAAGGUGCGGUUUGUUUCUCCCAAACAAAACCGCACCCUCAUGGUGCGAUUUUGCCAUACAAACCGCAGCUUGGAGGUGCGGUUUUGGUCAAUCAAUUUCCGACAUACCAUGCAAACGUAACAGACGUGGGUCUGCAUGGGCCUACAUGGCAGACGAAAACCGCACCUCUAAGGUGCGGUUUUCAUCAGUAAUUUUGCCUAUAAAAGGCCUCCCGGACAACCACUUCUCUUCACACCUCUCCUUCUCCUUUUUCAAUUUUCUGUUGUAGCUCUAUAUUUCUUUAGUAGUUUUGCGAUUAACAUUAACUCGUAAAUUUAUUUAGUAUUACUUUUUAUUGUUAUUUUUUAUUUUUGAUUGCUAUGAUAUUAACUGAACUACGGUUUUAUCGCAGAUGGCAUUCCAAAAGUUCACGCUUGGCUUACGGUGGAAUGGUUACACGGAAGAGACCGGAAAGGGGGUCACCUACGUAGGUGACAAUUUUCAGAAGAUAAAGGUCGCUACCAGACCGCUGCUUGAAGACCUCCAUCAAAUGUGCACUAACGUUACUUGAAUGGAUGGCACGAGAAGAGUUGAUCGUAUGGUGUACCGAUAUCCAAACAGAGAAAGUGGGUCAUUGUGGCAUGAGGAAUAUCUCAUAACCACUCAGGAUGAGGUAGAUGUCAUGCUCGAAUUCAUGAGGUCCAACAAUCUUUCCAAAGCCGAGAUGUUCGUUUACACCGAGCCGGUCGUAGGCGUUGGAGGUCAUUCUGGACACGGUCAAACAUCUGGUAUCCAUGGUGGAGGUGAAUUAUAUGGCGAUCAUCCCUACCAAAGUUACCAUGAUCCUCAGAAAUGUUUUGAGGAAAAAACCUACGAAAUGUUUUCUAAUGGCAGAUCGGACUUAGCCUCAACCAACAGACCACUAUUUCCUAGACUUUUGGGAGGGGAGGGUUUAGAGAGAUAAAUUGUAGAGAGAGAAGGAAGAAUGGGUUGUGGUGUGAAGAAAUGAGAGGGGAAGGGGGGGUAUUUAUACCCAUCAGACCGCACCCUCCAGGGGAGGUAGGGUAAUUUUGCCCGAUGCGUUUUGCGCUUCCCUAGGUUGACCGCAUCUCGGGCGUGCGAUCCAUGAUCCGUGGCACGGAUCGCUCUGCUGGCAAGCGUUCAGCCGCCCGAUCGUCCCUCCAUCCAACUGUCUUGAAGACCGUUCCGCAGCAGCAUUAAAUCGCACCGCCCUAGUGCGUUUCGUAAGUUGGAACGCACCCCUAUGGUGCGUUCCAAAAAAUUGGUGCUAUUUCUGUCAAUUUUUUCAUAUGGGUGCUAGUUUUGUAAUUUUUUUAAAGGUGCUAUUAUUGGAAAAAUCCUUGCUCCUAGCUCCUCAUUUUCCCCGUUUCAUGCAAUCGAAGUGACACGAGUCCCUAGAUUCUCAGCCAGACCCCACUCCACUCACGCCAUGAAACUCCCCGCCUAGGGCCCUACCUGUGGCCUGCCCCAUUCUUUCUGCUGCCUACUCUGUUCUGCUCUAUGGCUGUAACUUUUUGAGCUUUUGGGUCUAUGUGUCAUAACUACUCAGCAGCAUCACUCAAAUUGAGAUUUGAGAGAGGACCGAGUUUACUGAGUGACUGUGUGAGUUCAUCUCGCAUCUCCAGCUUCACCAACCAUUUCCAUCUCAUUGAUUUCGAUACCCCUUUUUCUCAAAAGUGUUGAUUCUCUCAUAAUCGGCACUUUCUGGGUUGCUACUUAAGCCCUUACAGGUAGAAACGUUCUCCCCCCCCCCCCCCCCCCCCCCCCCCCCCCACCCCCCCCCCCCCCCAGUUUUGACCGUUUUUCAAUGUGGGUUGGGGAAAGAUGGAGGCUUUAUUGCAUAAAGCUUCGAGCGCACUUAUGGUUUCUGCUUCUGAGGGGAAAUGAUGAAGUGGGUUGAUGUUGAAGGUGGGAAAUGGAUUGUAUUUCUAUCUGGACAUUUGUGGCUGGCUUUUUGGGCUACUUUGAGUCUGUAGCUUUUGGUGGGUGCCUGUAUUGGGACUUGCAUUAUUUUGCCAUUUGAAGCUAAGUCUGUCCCACUAACUGGUUUUUUGGUAGUGAAUGUAGCAUUUUUUUUCCUGAAGAUGCUGAUACGAUGAUGACCUCUAUGUUUAUGCCAGCCAUGUUUGGAUUGCUUACUUUGGGAAACAGAUUGUGGGUUAUUUUGGAGUAAAAUCUGAAGUUGAAUGAGUCAUAUCUCUGAACUUUUACAAAAACAGCAAAGGGGAAACAGUGAGGGAAAGAAAAAAAGAAAGGUAAAAAAAAAAAAGAGGGGUUUGAGUUGGAUUUCUCUCUUGGGAGUAAUGAAAGUUGCUCUUCUGUUUUUAGUUUUUUCCCCAUUUUUAACUGUUCCAUGGAUCUCCAGCGGGAAAGGGUCAUGCCCAAUAAGGAUUCCUUUUUUAUCUGAUUUUGAUGUUUUUACUCUUUUCUUCUGUAUAUAUGGUUUGGAUUCUUUGUCAUGGUUGUUUUUGAAAUGAGAGGGUUAGCUUUGUUGUUUCAAAAACCUGAAUGAGUCAAUGCUUUUCCAUGAAACAGGGUGGUCAACAACAUUGGGUGACCUAAUUAGGCUGAUCUGGAAGCAUUUUCAGCAGUAAAAGGGCUUUCUUCUAUAUUAAGAGAACCAUAUAACAGUCUGAAUUGGUAAUCCUAGUCGCAGGCUAUGAAGAGAAGGCGCGUGCACGAAUCAAGGCACGUGUUCCAUGAAUCGCCAUUUGAGGCCUACUGCUGUGGCUCGUGUCGAGGUGUGAGGCAGAUUGAGAUUAGGGAUGGGGAUAUGAUCACACAUUAUGGAGACAAUCACCCGGGAGUUGAGGAUAAAGGUCUAUUGCCAAACCUUCAAGAAGAAAGUCCAGCGGGAGAAACUAGAAAUUAGGUAUGUCCAUAUCUGUCUAAGCUAUUAUUGCACAUUGAACUUCAUUUGGCAUGUCAUUUUAGAGUUAGAAAGUAUGCAUUUCUUAAUACCGACUUAACUUUAAUGCAUAUGGUUCAGCAUAUACAUAGAGUUGACUUGCAAGGAACCGUCAUUUUAAGUCUGCUUUUUCCCUUUCCAUUCUCUUACUGAUAGGUGUUGGUAGAUGCUAAAAUAAAAUCUAUAGAGAGGAAGCCACAUCAAGAGUCUCAUUGUUCAUGCAAAUUCUCUGUCAAGCUCUAUGCAAACCAAGGUGUUAUCGGUUUGGAGAAAGCAACACUUAGCAAAGAAACUGAUGAAGUUGGAAUCGACAAGAUCUCCGUCCUUCAAAAGCUCGAUAAUAGUCCUUGAGAUGUUCGAUUCUAUCGUUGGGAUUACUAGGAAGACUGUGUUGUAUCACAAAGACCUAAACUUUUUUUGGGAAGUUCUCACAUGAGCUCUCAUGGCUACUUGCAACAUCUGUUCUCAAGCAAAUUGCCUUUGUGGUGAGGUCAGUGCAAAAUAAAGUAGCUUAUCCUCAAACGAAAGCCAACCCAUGGGCUUGAAGUUUGCACAGGCCCACCAUACCAUGUGCUUGAAAGACAACGGUUAAUAUUGGGGGUCGUGGAGAUUCGAACACAUGACCUUUUGGUUCGAGGCUCUGAUACCAUGUCAAGAACCAGUUGAUCCCAAUAACUCGAAUUGUUGGGAGAAGGUUUUGCUGGAUCUUAUACCACACUCUAACAAUUGGUGUUGGGAGAAGGUUUAUUUUCAGCAAUUGUAUUGUUGAGAGAGCCACAGCCCCACCGCCACGAGAUAACCCAUAUAACCAAACCGCUUCUACUGAUCUCUGGAGAAAUCUUUUCCCUUCUGCAUCCAUCGGCUCCGCUGUCUUGCAACACCCUGAGAUCUACACCGAUUGCCGCUCUCCUUGUUUCUGCGUCCUUCGCCGUUUCGCUAUCUUUUUGAAGGAGCCUUGCUGGAAGUGUUGCUGCAAUCUGCAGUUUGUGAAAGUUGAGAUUCUUUUAUGUCCAUACAGGCCAUUUUCAUCUUGGGAACGAUUGGAUUGCUAGGUAAUCGUUGCCUGCUCUCACGGGAAAAGGAGCAACAUGAACACUCAGAGCUUCAUGGUUGCUUCUGGAUGCAACCUUUUGUGACAGAAAAAGUGAAGUCUUUUCUUGCUGAAAGUUCUUUGGCAGGCAAUAUCAGCUCUUCAUACCCUCUGCAAUCCAUCCUUUACCCUCAGCUAUUAUAAGCAUCUCAUCUUUGAUUUACUCUUAAUCAAGACAAGAUGGCGUUGCAGAACAUUGUGCUUCAAACAGUGACGAUGCCUUCUACAGGUAUAAGAUGCCUAGAAUGGUUACCAAGAUUGAGGGCAGAGGAAAUGGCAUCAAGACUAAUAUAGUCAACAUGGUUGACAUUGCAAAGGCUUUGGCUCGGCCUGCUUCUUAUACUACCAAGUACUUUGGUUGUGAGCUUGGUGCUCAAUCAAAAUUUGAUGAGAAA